ACAGUUUUCAGUGAAAAAAGAAGAUAAUCGGGCGAGUAUUGAAAGAAGAGUGGUGAAUAGGAAUGUAAUCUGUAUUAUUAGCAAAUUAAAAAAGAUAUAAAUUAUUUUAUGGCGGAAUUGAUUACAAAGAUUGAUUGUGAAAUAUUUAUAAGAUAAAAGGUAAAUAUUAUAAAGGAAAGUGAAAGAUAAUGAUGAGGAGUAUAUGAAAUUGCAUAGCAAAAGUAGAUGCUAAUUGCUGGAUUAAUAAAAGAAUUUAAGGAAAUUGCAACCAAGUGCAGCAUAUUAAUUGCACCUUUGUCCGGGCAGAAAUCCGUUUAAAGAAAUUGGGAAACAUUCCAUAACUGCUGAAGGUUAAUUAUUACCUAUACAUACUAUUCCAAGCACAGUAGCUUUGCUGGUGCAUUGUAACGAAUACAGCGGGAUAAACGAAUCCUCAUAAGGAAGUGAGUAGUUUACAAUAAUUACUAAGAAUUUCCCAGUUUGAAAAUUGGAGAACCUUGAAAGGGGGAGUAAAAGGAACAAAGAACAUUUUUUAAACUCAAUACCUUUAAAGAGUGAUAUAGUUAUGACAACAAUAAACAUUAACUCGCGGAAGAGUCCAAUGCUGAAAAAGCAGGGGACAGACCAGUGGGUAAAACUCAAUGUGGGUGGCACAUAUUUCCUAACAACAAAGACGACGCUCUCCCGUGACCCAAAUUCCUUUCUAUCACGCCUAAUACAAGAGGAUUGUGAUUUAAUAUCAGAUCGGGAUGAAACAGGCGCCUACCUAAUUGAUAGAGAUCCCAAGUAUUUUGCACCGGUGCUGAAUUACUUGCGACAUGGUAAGCUCGUUUUGGAUGGCGUUUCUGAGGAAGGCGUUUUGGAGGAGGCCGAAUUUUACAAUGUGACGCAAUUAAUAACAUUGCUAAAGGAGUGCAUAACCCACAGAGAUCAGCGACCACAAGCCGAUAAAAAACGUGUAUAUCGUGUGUUACAGUGUCGUGAGCAGGAAUUAACUCAGAUGAUCUCAACGUUAUCGGAUGGUUGGCGUUUCGAACAAUUAAUUAGCGUUGGCAUGCAGUACACAAAUUACGGACCAUUCGAAAAUAAUGAAUUUUUAUGCGUGGUCUCAAAGGAAUGCGGUUCCUCAGCGGGUCGUGAAUUAGAACUUAAUGAUCGUGCUAAAGUGCUUCAGCAAAAAGGUUCUAGAAUUCUUGGAAUUUAAAGUAGAAUGAAAGCGAAAUGUUACACCACCUCCAAUAUCCUCCCACACCCUAGUAAUAUUAUAUAGCGAAAUAAAAUUGCGUAUUAGUAACCUUACCACAAAAAGCUUACAGCCAUCAACCAACAUCAACCACCAUCAAGCACCAACCAUCCAAUACAAGCACCACAACCGUAAACGCAAAUUCAAAUGCAACGUGAUUACCGUAAUCCACUACACGAACACCAAAAAAAAAAAAUAAAAUAAACCAGCAACCCAAACCCAAUCAUCACACAACAAUUUCCUACCUUACUUUACCUUAAGUUGACCACAAAACAUUGUAAUUUUCGUCAUAACAAACGGCAAUCACAGCAAUCACAGGCUACCACCACCAACUCGAAGCGUCAUUAUUGAUUGUUCUUAUGUAUCGACUAAUUCAAACAAAAGCAAUGCGUAGUUAACCACGUGCUCAGUAGUUGUCGCCUACAAUGACAUACGACAUCAUACAUACAUUUUUUAUUACCUAUACAGGAGUAUAUAAAUACAUACAUAAAUACAUAUAUGAAUAAUAUAAUUACUAAAACGAUAUUAUAAUUAAUUAAUUAAUUAAUUAUUAGUUCUGCUCAUAUGCAAAUUAUCAUUUAAUUAUAAUUAUCAUACGUUCAUUAACAAUGCGUCUGCAACAAAAGUUAUGUAACGUAAAGCUGUAAGAAAUAUGUAAAUGUGGUAGGAUGUGAGUAAAGAAAAAAAGAGUAAAUUAUAUAAAAAUAAAGAUUGCUGUAAGUACACUUAACGAUAAC